AUGUGGGGCAUCUUUGCCCCUUUCGGGGUCCUGCUGCUAAGCAUGGGACGUAAGAGAGUAGACCCAGAGCAGGCCCAGAAGGCUGUAGAUGCGGUACGCAGCGGUGAGAUGUCGCUCCGCGUUGCUGCGAGGACCUACGGGUUACCGCUAGCCUCGCUGCACGACCGUGUGAAGAACAAGGUGGCCAUAGAUGCGAGGGUUGGUCCCGGGACUGUCCUGAGCAAGGAGGAGGAAGAUUUCGUAGAAGACGUCUUGAUCUACGCCUCCCGACACUUCUUGCUGUUGGGUCGGAGGGAGCUGAGAGACGCUGUGCGCAACAUCUGCACCGACGGGCGCAAGGUGCCCUGGGACCCAGACAAGGGCCCUGGGGACAGCUGGCUUGAGGGGUUUAUGGCGAGACACCCGGGUUUGUCGGAGCGAGCCACCCACAUCUACGAAGCAAACCGGAUUAACGAAGACGGCGAGCCUCGCCUUCAAGCUUUCUACAAAGCAUGGGCGGAGUACCUGGAGGAGACCAAGCUCCCGCCGGAACGCAUCCUCAACACGGAUGAGACAAAGGUCGGCUCGCGUGUGAAGCUUCCUCUUGCGGAUUUUGGAGCUGCCGCAGUGUGCACUGCUGUCACACGCUCCCUCUCACAGCACUUACACACGUCUGUGUCGCUAGGGCUGGACAGAAGGAUGUCGACGACACCUGCUACCGAUCGCAAGCCGGGGGGUGGAUUUGUUAAAGACUUGGGCAACGUUCUCUUCUGCGGGCUCCUGGCGCAGGGCGUGGCGUACCCGCUCGGACUGGCCGGUGCCGCCGCUCUCGCCAUGGGAAUACAGGCACGUCCUCGCGUGGGUGCCGUCGGCGCUGGCGCAGAACGAGACCUUUUACGACUUCACAGGUAUGCUGACCUUCAUGGCGGUGACAACUUUCAGCACGUUGGGCUUCCUGCGGCGUUUUUUCGACGGGGAGAUGGCCGCAAUGUUCGGGGAAGGAUCCCCGCUGGCGAUGGGGCACCCGCUCUCGAUCGCCGCUGCAGCCCCCAGGCACCUCGUCGCCACGGCUCUGGUCUUGACCUGGACCACAAGGCUUGGAACCUUUCUGUUUGCGAGGAUACGGCGCGACGGCCACGACUCCAGGUUCAACGGGGUGCGGGACAGGCCUCUGAAGUUUCUCGUCUUCUGGGGAUAUGGGUAUUUUUCACCGCUGUGCCGAUGCUCGUGCUACACAAGGUCGACCCUAGAGGUAGCAUGGGGAACAUUCUCGCUCAAGACGCGUUCGGGCUGGCCGUGUGGGCGACCGGCUUUGCGCUAGAGGUGGUCGCCGACGGCCAGAAGCGGGCCUUCAAAGCGGACGCCGCAAACGCCGGCAAGUUCAUCGACGUCGGUCUUUGGUCCCGCUGCCGGCACCCCAACUACCUCGGGGAAAUGACUCUUUGGGCGGGCUUCUUCAUCUUCUGCAGCCGCGGAGUGGUCGCGGGCUCCGGGUGGCUUGCCCUCGUCGGCCCCCUGUUCGGGACUGCAAUUUUGACUUUCGUCAGCACGCCCAUGCUAGAGCAAGGGGCGGACAAGAAGUACGGAGGCCACGCGGCGUACCACGAGUACAAGCGAACCACGCCGUCGCUGUUCUUCCGCCUGUGGUAGAAUAGAAGACGGGGGCGUGUACAUUGUGGAACCCCUCCCGCACCACCAACUUGAUGUUGUUUGUUUUGAGAUUUUUACUUAGAAAGCCGAAAUCAAACCAUAUAGACUUGUCUCAGGGUUUGAUUUCGGCUUCUAAAAACAUUAGUAGUCGUGGAGUCCGAAUGACCCGACACUUUCACUCCGAUGUAUCAAAUCAUCAGGCUAGUCAGCUCAGACUGGUCUACUUGUAUAUUGAGCUUGAUGUCGGCUUCUAAAGGUUGCGCGAUGGUGUGGAACGAAGCCGUACACACGUGGAGUUAUGUUUGUACGUGGGUGGUGAGAGAGGGACGGUGACUAACACGGAGAGUCGCGCAGGGUUUUUUAAAGUGCACGGACAACCUCUCAGUCCGUGCUGUUCAGGCGUAAUUGGUCUUCAGGCACAGUUGGUUGCGCGUUGGUUCUCCCUUGACUCGCCAGGUUUUCUCCAUCUUUUGCACGAAGCAAGAUGGGUGGACGACUCUGGCGGGGUCACUGCUGUGGUUUUGGGAAAGUGCGAGCCGAAUUGCGGUCCACUGAGGGGGCGUUGCGACAAAUGGGGAUGGGGGUUCUUUACCCUUUGACACGGGAUAAGCAUGCGUUCUAAACUUGUGUGGGAUUGGUUGGGAUUCCCGUUUGAAUGCGCCUGCAAGCCAUCGUGCUUGUUGUCAGCCGGACGUCUGUCUACCCUAAGGUCUUGCCCCUCCCUGCCGUUGCUUCUCAGGUAUGGCACUUUGACGAUGCUUUGGGAAAAAAAACGGCUUGCUUCCCUCUCGUUGUGCGAGCUUAUCAUAGGCACACGCAGAGUAAACCCCAACCUGUGCACCGAUGGAAGGGGUCGGUUGGAGGCAGGGCGGUCUCUGGCACACAGACGGCACGGUGUGACGUCGGUGGCCAGUGGGCACGAUUUCGGGGUUGUUUAAGUGACCUGUAACCCCUAGGCAUUGUACAACCUGCGUAACCCGGUCCAGCGCGCCGUUGCCAACCUCCAAGGUCAGGCAGGGUUCGGAAACGCCGGCCCAAGCCCAGUUAAGGGACAUUUGUAUCUGUGCUUGGUUGCAGGCGAGGUUGUCCAAGCCCGAGAAUGUCCAUGCCUUGCCGCGAAAACUAUGUACCAGCCGGUGUCCACAAGAGUACACCACACACCGAUUUUUUGGACAUUCGCGGCAAUAAAAAAGAAAAGCUUCAAGAGUGCCGGCAUUUGUAAGCCCGAUUUUGUAGUUGACUACCGUUAGACGCACAAAAAUA